AUGUCCUCUAUACUCAGACUUCUUAACCCACCGGCGAGCGGCAUUCGUCCUACCCUUGACGGCGGGCUUUAUGCACGAACACAACGACUUGCAAUGGGAUCCGGCUUGGCUGCCUCCCAUCUGGGGGAUGGAUUACAUGGUCAAGCUGGAGGAACAUUUUUCGUGAAAGACCCCAAAUUGUCUUCUGGUCUCAUUCUGAGGGAAGCUUAG